AUGGCGGUUAGUUUGAGGGAAGGCUUCUGCGUCUCCAGCUCUAGCGCUCUGGCGCUGGACAAGAAGAAGACAUUGAUCGGAGGAUCGACCACCUCACUGGAGCUCUCCUCCUGGAAGAACGACUUUAUUGUCAAGCAGGUGGUGCUCAGGGAUCAGCAGGCGGGACGAGACAUAUCUGUGAGCGAACAUACAUCUGUCUAUUCCAUUACAUAUACAUAUAUAUAGAUAUAUAUAUCUAAGAAUCACUUUCCUAGUAGCAAUGGGAUAAAUGAUCCGGAAUCCAUUUUCUGUUUCUCUUUGUCCUGUUCUGUAACUUAACCUAACCUUAAGUCUCCUCGCGAUUCAGGCUCAGAAUUUCUCCAUUUACUUCCCCCAAUCGACGAGAUGGUGGGAUAAAGGAGAGAUGCAGAAUAUGAUAGAAAUCGGUUCUGCACAGGAGCUUGUGGAUACUCUCAUGAACGCCGGGAACAGGCUCGUCGUCCUCGACUUCUACUCCCCUGGCUGCGGGGCCUGUAGAGUCCUGCAUCCAAAGGUGUGUAAGACCAUCAUCGGCGUGGCACAUCGAACAUCCAAAGGCGACGACCUGAGAUUUGUUAUUUCUGCUACUUGCCUCCAGAUAUGCCAGAUUGGCGAAUCGAAUCCGGACGCACUGUUCCUCAAGGUCAACUACGAGGAGCACAGAUCCUUGUGCUGCAGCCUCAACAUCCGUGUGCUGCCAUUCUUCCGAUUCUACAGAGGACCUCAGGGUCGGGUCUGCAGCUUCAGCUGCACCAACGCCACCGUAAGCCCCCCUAUAGAAUGACGACUUCCAUCGCAUCUUACCGAUUUCUAUAUAUAUUCUUCCUGACUGGUGAUAUCUGCUGCCGUUGAAUCAUGUUCAGAUCAACAAGUUCAGAGAUGCAAUGGCGAAGUACGGGUUGGGGAGGUGCGGCCCCGGCCCCUCGAAAGGUCUGGAGCAGACGGAGUUGCUGAAGUUGGCUCUAGCGGGGAUCUUGUCUGCGUCAACCAUCCAUUGA